UUAUUUGUUUGAGCCCAUAUCUUUUGUCCUAACACGGUAGCCAACUAGCCACCCUUCAGUUUCAGGCUUUCCUCCGCCUCCUCCGCCUGCCUCAUCUAAUAUAAAACACCCGCACAAGCCAAUCGCAGAGGAGGAAGCAUCUAUCCCCACCCAUGGAGCAACCGCAACGAACUCCCCACAUAGUCAUCGUUCCGACACCGGGGAUGGGCCACCUCAUUCCGCUGAUCGAGUUCGCCAAGCGACUCGUCCACCACCACCACUUUACAGUCACAUUCAUCGUUCCCACCGAUGGUCCCCCUUCCAAAGCCCAAACCUCCGUUCUCGACUCCCUCCCCAAAACCAUCUCCUCCCUCUUCCUCCCUCCCGUUAACUUCGAUGACCUCCCCGACGAUGCUAAGAUCGAAACCCGUAUCUCCCUCACCGUAGUUCGUUCCCUCCCUUCUCUCCGCGACGCCUUGAAGACCUUGGUAUCCACCACUCGUCCCGUCGCCUUGGUCGCUGAUCUCUUCGGCACCGACGCCUUCGACGUUGCCAAGGAAUUCAAGCUUCCGCCUUACAUCUUCUUCCCUUCCACGGCCACGACUUUGAAUUUGUUCUUCCACCUACCCGAGCUGGACCAGAGAUACUCCUGUGAGUACAGAGACCUGCAAGAACCGGUGGAAUUGCCGGGGUGCCUACCCAUUCCCGGGAGAGAACUCUUGGACCCGGUUCAAGACAAGAAGAAUGAGGCCUACAAAUGGCUUCUGCACCACACAAAGCGAUAUUUGCUGGCUGAGGGUGUUAUGGUGAAUAGCUUCAUGGAUUUGGAACCGGGACCUCUGAAGGCUCUCAGGCAGGAUAUUCCGGGCAGACCUCCGGUGUACCCGGUUGGGCCGCUGAUACGGACAAGUUCUUCCGAUGCUGGAGCGGCGGAGAGGCCCCACUGCUUGAAGUGGUUGGACGAUCAGCCCAGUGGAUCGGUCCUAUUUGUGAGCUUCGGGAGUGGUGGAACGCUUUCACAUGAGCAGCUAACGGAACUGGCAUUGGGAUUGGAGAUGAGCGAGCAAAGAUUUUUGUGGGUUGUAAGGAGCCCAAGUCAAAAAGCAGCCAACGCUACUUACUUCAGCGUUCACGGCCUAAGCGACCCUUUUGAUUUCCUACCGAAAGGAUUCUUGGAGAGGACCAAGGGGUUGGGGCUGGUGGUAUCCUCCUGGGCUCCUCAAACAGAAAUCCUCAGUCAUGGCUCCACCGGUGGCUUCCUCACUCACUGUGGCUGGAACUCCACCCUGGAGAGCGUCGUAUAUGGCGUGCCUUUGAUCGCAUGGCCGCUUUACGCCGAGCAAAAGAUGAACGCAUUUAUGCUUUCCGAGGAUCUGAAGGUGUCACUAAGGGCCAAAGUGAACGAAGAUGGGUUGGUGGGUCGAGCAGAGAUUGCCACCGUUGUGAAGGGACUCAUGGAAGGGGAAGAAGGGAAGAGAAUUCGGUCUAGGAUGAAAGAUCUCAAGGACGCAGCUGCCAGAGUGCUGAGCGAAGAUGGGUCUUCUACAAAGGCACUCUUUGAGGUGGUAAACAGAUGGAUUAACUAAAACGAUUUUAUAAAAAAAAAUUAAAAAAAAAAUGAAAAUGUAGACGAUUGUAUGUAAGACAUAUAGUUUGCUUUCGUUUUCUGGCCAUAAUCCAUUAAUCCUUCCUUCUGUACCUAGCAGACUCUAUAUAGAUAUCUGCAAUCCAUCUUCUUAGCGUUUCGAUUUCUUUCAUUUUUGUCACA